AUGGAUCAUAAUCGUUUUUGUGCAAUUCCUUUACAGAAUCGGACAACUCUACGAUCAUCAUCUUCUUCCAUGAAUAUGAGUACGACCACUUUGUUACGGCGUUUGAAGUCGGAACAUGUACGAAGACAUUCUAAUGCCACAAAGCCUUAUUUGAAAGAGGAAAACAAAAUAAGUCGGUUGCAAUUUUGCAUGUCCAUGCUUGAUCGUGGUAGCAUAUCACAUGAUCCAAUUUUUAUCAAUAUGUUCAACAUAGUUCAUAUCGACGAGAAGUGGUUUUAUAUGACCAAAAAAAAUGAAAUAUAUUAUUUACUGUCUGGUGAAGAAGAUCCAAUCCGCACUGUCAAGAGCAAAAAUUUCAUCGAUAAAGUUAUGUUUUUAGUUGUUGUAGCUCGUCCUAGAUUUGCUGCACAAGGAGUAGAAAUAUUCUCCGAUAAAAUUGGAUUGUUUCCUUUUGUUACACAAGAACGAGCUAAAAGAGCUAGUGCAAAUAGACCUGCUGGAACUGUGGAAACAAAAGCAAUGACUUCGAUAACCAAAGAAAUUUCACGAUCAUUCUUGAUUAAUGAAGUACUUCCUGCUAUCAAGGCUAAAUGGUCUAGAGAAGAUUUAAAUUCUACGAUAUUCAUACAACAAGAUAACGCAAGAACUCAUAUUUAA